AUGCUGCAAGGCACCAGGGAACAACCUGAAGAAACCCCUCAGCCAGCCCCAAGGCAAAUCUUCCAGGAGAGGCAGAGGAUCACUGGUCUGCCUCUGUACUUGCAGGGUUACCUGUCUGCCCGGCACUCAGGAUGCCAGGAAUUUAGACUGUAUUGGACAGAGCUCAGAGGAACCAUGCUCUUCUUUUAUGAUGACAAGAAAGCCCCAAUGUACUCACAGAAAUUGGAUAUAUCAGCUCUGAGCUCAGCAACCAGCGUUCACCCAGAUGGAAACGGCUCUGCACAGUUCAUCCUGAGGCUGCCAAAUGGGGAAGUAGAACUGAAGGCCAGUGACUGUGAGUGUGGGAAAGAAUGGAAGGGCUUUAUUCUCACCGUGACAAAGCUGUCAGUUCCAGAUGAACCAUUGCUGCCUGGGCAGCUUAUUAGAAUACAUGAAGUGCUAGAGAAGGAGAAGAACAGAAGGAUUACACUCAACAACUUUUCCAGCACGCCCCUGAAGAGAAGCAGUUCACCCAGCAGUCUACUGACCACUAUGCCAAUGUGCUUCCAUGCAGUGUCUCGGCAAGAAGCAGCAGAGCUGCUGGCAAAGAACCCUUCCUGUGGGAGCCUGAUCCUGCGGCCCGGCAGCGACAGCAAGAGCUAUGCUGUCACCGUGCGUUACGACCUGGGUGCCCCGUGCUUAAAGCACUACAGAGUGCUGGCCAAAGGAAGGAGUUACAGCAUUGAGCUGGAAAGAAGGGUGACAGUGCCAAGCCUUCAGGAUGUUGUCAAUUACUUCGUGACCCAAACCCAAGGGAACCUGAAGCCAUUUGUGCUGCAGACAGGCACUGCAGAGGAUCCGGCAGUCUGAAGGCAAGCUGGAGGAUGCAGGCCACAGGAACUGCUAGAAGAAGCAGCAGCACAGGAGCUCCACACUGCUGGAAAUCAACAGAAGGCUUUUAUCAGUUCUAGAGUAGCUCCACUGGCUCUAAACUAA